UUUAUUUUGGCACUUCCGGUAGCUCAGCUCACCGAAGCGGAAGUUUUGCGCUGUGUCACACGUGUUUAUUAAAACUCCGGAAAAUGGCGAAAAACGACAAAUUGAAGCAGAAAUCAAAGUUCAACAGCGGCGUGAAACAUAAGAAGAAGCAGAGAAAAUGCGUGCUGAUGUUCGAUGAUAAAGACCGACAAGAGUUCCUGACGGGUUUCCACAAGCGUAAGCUGGAGCGGAGGAGAGCAGCGCUGGAGGAGAUGAAGAGCAAGCUGAAGGAGGAGCAGAAGCGCGUCAGAGAAGAGAGACGCAAAGAAUAUUUCAAGAUGCUGCAGGAGCGCCGCCAGGCUCUGGAUGAAGCAGAUGAGCUGGUGGACGCCAUCACAGCCACGAAAGAGAGCGUUCAGUACGACCAUCCCAACCACACCGUCACCGUGACGACCAUCAGCGACCUUGACCUAUCAGCAGACAGAUUACUGGAGCCAGAUCAGAGAAAUGAAGAGCGUGAGGAGGAGAAGGAUGGUGAAAAAAUACAGGCCCUCCCGAGGACAGCUGGACACCCCCUCAUGUCUGAAAAGAUCCAGAGGCUCACGGCAUCACUGAACAGUCUCUCUAAACAGGAUAACGAAUGA